AUGGCAGAGCAAUAUGAAGCUAGGCCUGUGAAAGCAUUCAGGUUCGACCCUUUUGAUGAAGAGUUGAUUACUGAUUAUCUCAAGCCUAAGAUUAUGGGGGGAAAACUCCCAUGCAAUAUGGUCAGAGAUAAGGAGGUUUAUGGGCCUUUUUGUAGUCCUUGGAGUGUUUUUGAUCCUAAUGAUGAUAAAUUCUGGCUUAGAUCACCUCAUGUUAAGGCAAGUGAGAAGUUCAUGUAUGUGUUUGCGAAGUUAUCGAAGAUAUCUAGCAGUAGUGGCUCGAAAAAUACGUCGAAAAGGGCUGGCUGUGGAACUUGGGUUGCCAAGACUAAGAGGGAUCAGAUUAAGGAUGGGGAGGGGAAUGUGAUUGGGGAGAAGAGGUAUUUGGUUUUCGUGAUCAAUGAGGUUGGUAAUGAAGAAAUUGGCGAUGGAUAUUAUAGUAUGCAUGAGUAUAGCUUGACUGGAGUGAAUGAGGGCUUGAAUUUUAAGGAUACUAUUGUUCUUUGUAGGAUUACUUAUGAUUCUGCUAAGAAAACCACGGUUUCUCCCAAGCCUGGUGGCAGAAUUGGUGAUCAUGUUUCAAGAAGUGGUAAAGAAGUCCAAUUUGAAGAAGAAAAGGACAGCAAGAAUGUCGAGGGGACGGGCAGUGUGACUGUAGAGAGUCUGGCUGUGGUGGAUAGUGGCGUUAAGGACUGGCCUGCAAUUGUUCAAUUCAACAAUGGUGUUCAAGGGUCGGGUGAUUUUGGCAGGGGUUUGGGUUUAGGCGACCUAGGUGCUAUGCCUAUGGAUUUCUAUUGGGACUGUCUAGAUGGAUUUGACCCGGAUUGGAUCAAGGCUUGUAUUGAUUCCAAUCACGUCGAGGAGCCAUUCCAGGACAAUGCAACCAAUCUUGGGCACAGAAAAUUGGAAUCGGAGGAGAACUCGUACCAGGCUAAGAAGAUGUGUCUUGAUAAUUGUUAUUAG